AUGAAAAGAAAACAGAGAACUUUGUCGAUCCGCACGACGGCGAACUUGACGAGUAGUAUGCGGAGUGAACGGCAGGAGGAGACGUUCGAGGUCACUUCUCCGAGCCCUUCUAUCAUCAGUUUGGUGGGAUACUGACUUCUCGAGCGAGCAGGUUGAAUUGCUGUCAUUUUCAGAGCUCUGAGAAAAUGUCGGCAGAAUCGGCGAAGCCACCACUGGAGAAAAAGAGCGAGAAAAGGACUGUUCAUAUUAGAAAGGAGAAAGUGAUCGCGUACGAUUUGGAGUUGGCGUCGUUGUGCGAAAGAACCUGCGAUACUGCUUCGAUGGUUUCGAUUCCGGAUCUGGAAGACGUCGAAGAGUUCGAGAAGAAGUGCGAGGUGUGUGUCAGAUCUCUUGUACAGUUUCAUUUACGUUUCCAGGCCCCUACAACAGCCGCCGUUCAACUUAUUCCUAUAAAAUAUGUGAGAAAGCGAACUUCAAUUCCGAUUCGAGCCAAACUGGUGCGUGACUUUGAUCCAGGAGACGCCACUUCCGCCCUGAAAUCUGAUAAGGAAAAGAAGGAAAAGUCGAAGAUUGAAGUGCAAAACACGAAAGGAGCUCAUCAAUCGGAAGGAUCCGUAAAGGAGAGGAAACCGGAAAGUUCAGAUAAAGAGAUCGUCGAAUAUAAUCUGCAGACGCACAUGUUCUCAAACUUCUAUCACGCAGUCAAGAAACGAUUCUGGCCUUAA